CGCGCCCCGGCGGGGCGGGCCGGGGCGGGCCGGGGCGGGCCAUGGCGGCGGUGGCGCGGAGCUCGGAGCCCGCCGGGGCCGCCAUGCGGAGCCGCGCCGAGGUGGACGCCACGCUGCAGACGGCCAAGCUGAACCCGGCGGAGCUGCUGCCGGCCGUGCAGUGCCUCAGCUUCGGCCCGCAGGCCGGCGGCGGCGAGUGCUGCCUGCUGCAGCUGGAGCCCGCGCUGUGCGCCGAGCUGGAGGCGGGGCGCAGCCUAGUAAUCCGUGGUGAAAAGGAUGAACACGCAGUGUUGUGCAGCAAUGAUAAAACUUACGACAUGAAAAUAGCAGAUACCUCAAAUAUGCUGCUGUUUGUUCCAGGCUGCAAAACUCCAGAGGAGCUGAAUGCAGAUGCGGCAUCUUGUAAUAUCAUUCAUUCUCAGAUUGCUGGUUUUUCCAAGAACUAUUGGGAAUUAAGGAGAUGUCGACCAAAACUGAAAAAAUUGAGGAAGCUUUUAAUGGAAGAUCCAUAUGAAGGACCCGAUAGUCAGAAAGAUCAGACUUCAACGUUUUCAAAGUAUACAACAGAAGAUUUGUUAAGUCUGAUUCAAGCAAGUGAGGAAGAAAUAUUCCACCAAUUGCAGGUUAUGGAUGCCUGCAAAAUUGAAGGAUACUGGAGAAUUCUAGACUUUGACUAUGAGAUGAAACUCUUGAAUCAUGUGACUCAGCUAAUAGACUCAGAGUCCUGGCCUUUGAGUAAGGUUCCCCUAUGUGCCUGCCUUGAAGAACUUGGAUCUCUGGAACCCAGAGAGAUGAUAGAACACAUUCUUUUAAGCUACGGCAGGAAAUAUGUUGACGAUGCAGGGGAGGUCUUCUUUGAAAUGCGUGAAGAUAAAAUAUGCAGAGCUGUAGCACAAAUGCUUUUGCAAAAUGCAGUUAAAUUCAAUCUAUCAGAGUUUGAAGAAGUCUGGCAACAGAGUGUCCCUGAGGGGAUGACAACAAGGCUUGAUCAACUUAAGGGCUUGGCUCUUGUGGAUAAAAGUUCAAGACCAGAGACCAUCUUUCUGCUAAAAGUAGAAGACUUACCUGAAGACAAUCAGGAAAGAUUCAACAGUUUAUUUGGCAUACGGCAAAAAUGGACAGAAGUGGAUAUUACCCCUUAUAUACAAGACUUGUGUGCAGAGAAGCAGACUGUUGGUGCUCUUCUGACAAAAUAUGCUCGCUCCACAAUGCUGAAUGGUGUUAAAGUUUAUAAUUCUAGAAGACCCAUCUCAUAACAAGUAUUGUUUGAAGAACUGAGGAUACUGAAUGUAGUAACAGUGAAUGUUACUUGCUGCUGUUUUCUGAAAAAAGGAGUUGCCAGUCAUUAUUGUACAGUGUACUUGAGUUUAAGCAGCUAGGCUGCUUGAACAAGUUGUGUUUUCUGCUCAGCUGAGAGUGUGAGGGCACUCGUGGCCUCUAAGAAAUGAUAGCUCACCUUCCUUUGCUCCAUUUCUUUUUCCUUUGUUAAGCUUUCCUUUGUCUAGUUAAGCUAGGAGCCAAGCUACUUCUUGAAUACACUUAAUCUGUUUGUCUGUUAAGUCUGAAAUGAAAAAUUAAAACCUCCUUGAUAAUAAUUCAAUCAAAUUGAAUUUAUUUGAAUAGCAAAAAUAGCAAAAUGGAAAUUUUAGUCUUCUGUUCAUUAAUGGCCUUUCUUAAAGUUUCAUUGCAUUUUGAACAGCACUAAGCUCUUCAGGCUUAUGAACAAAUCAUUCUCCAUUGAGACUACAACCAGUUUUAAUUUUGAAAAGUGGUUCUUUUUAAGGUCAUGUCUAUGAACACCAUCAGCACAAGCACCUGACACUUUAAUACUUGAUAGAAUGGCCUUGUAUAUUACAAAAAAAACCUAAUUGCAGUGAAGUGUGAAUAGAAGAGAAACUAGUUGGACAUUGUGUUACGAAAUUCCUAUAAACUGUCAUUAAAAUGUAUCUGAAGUAAAA